CAUCUUCCGGAUGACGUUAUUAGCUUCUUAACAAUAAUCAACGGAAAACGUUUAAGAAUUUGUCAUUUUGAGAACCGAAUCAAGCGAAAUAAAUGAGCUGCUAUGCAGAUACACACAAUAAUUUUCUACUUUAAGAACAAAAGAUAUCCAAAACACAAUUCCUGUCAGUUUCAGCGUCCUCUGAACUGUCAAAAGCAACGUCAAGAAACAUGAAAGAGGUUAAUGCCCUGUAGUUCUCUUCUUCUUCUGUACUUCUUCUUCUCUUUUUGGGUCUCAUGUUCGUGGACAUUUGCCCACCCCACAGUGUGUUCGUGUUGAUUUCUGAUACAAAAAAUAAACAGAAGUUUUAAGACUUUUAAGAUUGAUGAAAACAUAUUUGUAAAAAGUGGAAAAAUGAUAAAGCGUUAAAUGGAAUAAAACAAGGAAUAUGUAUAAUAUUUAACAAACGUUUGUGAUUUAUACAUUUGAUCUCAAAUAGUAACAUUUAAAAUGAACGGUUUAUUAAUAUUUGACCAUUUAAAUGAUAUCGUUUAUACAAAAUUUAACAAAGCAUUUGCAAAACAUAUAAACGACUUCGCUACAAAUCAAGGUCUUAUUGCAGAGGGCUCAUUGGAUAGCACAAUAGAGAACGAUGUGAUUGUUCAAAUAUUUUCUCCUAUCAUAACAUCACAUAGGAUUAUGAACUGUCAGUUUGGUAAUUCCUACACUUCCAUUCAAUGUGGGGAUAGUUUAAAACUGUAUUUUAACGAAUAUAUGGGGUAUUUAUUUGUGGUCAUAGGUGAUGAAGGUCAUAUUCACAUGAAAAAAUAUAUAUCUAUAUGCGUAACCAUUGUGAGAUGCCUUUGUGGACCAGACGUUUAUCAAUUAAAAGCAAGAGAAGAUAGAUCUGACUUAACAAGUAAACUAAUCGACAGCUGGUCAUAUUUAAAUGAAAACGACCAAGCGAUUUUCGUGGAAGCUGUGGAACAGUUAAUAGUUAAUGCAGAUCUUAGCUCUGAAACUAUAAAGUCACUGAGAGACACAGUAGACAAACUUACCCCAUUGAUAGAGUGCAAUAGAGUCCACGCAUUGGUUCUAGUGCAAAACAGGUUCCUAUCCCUCUAUUCUAGUCAAAAUGCCAAAGAAUUAUCUUCCGCGGAUACCCUCUUCUUGAUAAUCCUAUGCCAAAGUAUUAACUUACAAAAGACUGAGCAAAAAGAAACAGUUACCGGCAUCUCAAGUUAUCAAGUUUUAUUAGCAGGUCCCGAUCGUUAUCCAAAGUGCUUGCCCCACGUGGUACACGUUGUACCAAUCUCAGAAGGUGUUAAUUUACUGUAUUUACUUGAAAUCGGAAAUCCUGCAGUCGCAGCUAGUUUGUAUGAGAACUUUUGCCAUUUACACACUAUGCAACUCGUACAAAUUCAGCGAGACCGUGAAACCCUUCAACCGGCAUUUGAAAAUUUAGAUCUGGCUACGAGGAGGUUAAACGACAGCUUGAAAAAAAAUAAAAAUUCUGCUAUCGAAAACUCUUACAAGCAACUGAUGAAAAAAUGGGAGGUUAUCAGGAAAAAAUAUCAGGAAUAUUUGAAGAAUGCUUCUGACGAAGCUCUGUUGAGAGCAGAAACUUUGGCUCUGGGUUUUUUGGAAAAUCUAAAGGAAUUGCUGAGUUUAACGUCAGUUGAUGGAUCUAUACUGCAAGCUAGUAGAAAACAUGUAGUGGAAGCUGCUAGAAUAGUUAAAGAUAAAUUGGACACCUUCGAUGAAUUUCUUAAAGUGAAGAGUAUCAAGAAUUUUUCUCUAGGAUCUAGAGAUUCCCUAACCAUCAAUAAGUAUUUGGAGGAGUUCCCGGGUUUGGUACAUUUCCUCUACAUAGAUCGAACAACCCACAGGGUAACCACACCUACACUGGACCUAAGUACCGAAGAAAGCUUAUUCACCAAGAAAAAGAUUUGGUUCAUGAUGAACUUUGCAAGGCUUCACCUCCAAGAAGGCAACUUAUCUCUAAUGUGGAAGGACACGACUUUCAAUUAUACCUAUUUCUUGUGGUUCGAAGACACAAGUGGUGCCCCAUUGAAACCAUCGGUUUUCCCUACUGCCAAUUUACCAUUACCCGGUAUUUUAUGUGAAGACUUUUACAUGAAACUCAAGGAAAUAUGUUUUCCCAAAAUGGCCUCCGCUAAAGUAAGAUGUUAUGAAUUAUUUUGCAUGCAUUUGGGAUUAGUAACGGCAUCAUGUGUCCUUGAACAAACGAGACGAUUAUCUGCUACCAUUUGGGAGCUCAGAGGACAUCCCUCUCAUGCCAUCGAUUUGCUGUAAUGUUUAAUUGUCAAGAAGAAUCAUUGUAUUUCGAGACACCAGGAAAUAAGAAAUAAUCUUAUUCUUUACUUUCAUUCCAAAGCUUGUGUUUUCAUGAAUGUUAGAAAUUAAAAAAGACAUUUAAAAUGG